CUAUGUUACUUCAACCCUAGUCCAAGUAUAUUGGGAGUAAAGAGACUUUAAUCUGAUAAGAGGCUAAAGCUGCUUGAGACCAGGGGAAGGGAUGUAGGUGACUAGUGGAUUGCACUGUCGGUUGUAAUGGAAAAAAUUAGAACAGGCUCUCGUACGAUGCAUCAGACCACCUUCAGAGAGAUAUUAUAAGGAUAUACUUGCUAUGAAACAAGAUUAAUUUAGGCCUAUCGACUAUGACAUUAGGACUGUGAGACGUUAGACUUGAAAUGCAAAGUCUGGAUGCCAGUGUUCACAGCAUGAGAUACAAGCAUGGCAGUUACACUAUUGGUUGUGGGGUUUAGCUGUAGCCUUAUUGGAUGGAUCUUUGUGUAUGCCGUCAUUUGCUACAUUAACGCUCCACGGGGAUUCGAAUGGAACUGCAGGCUUGUGACACUCCUCCAUGGCAUUCUAAUAGUUUUACUGACUGCUUACAUUGCCUUCAUUGAUGGACCAUGGCCCUUCACACAUGCAGGCACAGAGAGUACGCCACUGCAGGUCUUGACCCUGCUGGUCAGUCUGGGUUACUUCAUGUUUGACAUGGGCUGGUGCAUAUUCUUCCGAACAGAGGGCCCUCUGAUGCUCGCCCAUCAUACUCUGAGUAUCCUGGGCAUGCUUAUGACACUGGGACUUGGGGAAUCUGGUAGUGAGACCUGUGCUGUGCUCUUUGGGAGCGAGAUUACCAAUCCUCUGCUGCAGGCGAGGUGGUUUCUGAAGCGUGCAGGCCAGUAUGACAGCCUGGCAGGGGACGCCGUCGACCUCCUGUUCAUUUUGCUCUUUGGGAUUGUGCGCAUUGGCGUCGGCAGCGCCAUGCUUGAAGCAGUGCUCACGUCCACCCGUACUCGACCGAUCGUAAAGGCGGAAGGAGUGGCCUUCUACACACUGUCUUGGAUCUUCAUGGUGGACAUCGCUCGCUUUGCCUGCCGCAAAAGUUGCAAGAAAUACAGAGGCUGGCAGGAACGACGUAAACAGGAGAGUGUAAAUGGGAAGGCUCAUCAGCAUUAACACUGACCCUAAAAUGGACAUCCAAUCACACCUAAGUGGCUCCCUAAUCCAAUGAAUGACAGGGUGCUGUCAUUCAUUGGAAUCAAACAAGAAGACUGGUCUGUCCUCCCGGCUAACACAGAGAUCCUCUCUGGUUUCACAGGCAAUUGUUAUAUAGUUUAUGACAGAUCUCUGAAGCUUUAUUUAUCUAUUAUUGUUAUGAUUUGAACAAUAACUGUCAAGUGGUUGGGUACACACCAGAGGCGGGCUGUAGGUUUUACUGUAGUGAAUCAAUAUGGAUGACCAAGUGUAAAUUGAUUUUUUUCUGAGACCAUUAUUGUUAAACCGCUUACCUGCUUGAAUAAACAUGCAUACCUCUGA